AUAGAAAUAGAAAUUAAGUAAAAAAAAUGCCACAUCCGUGUGUCGUAUGUGGACGUUCGCGUAUGAAUCCAAAUAACAGAGAAGAAGAAUAUAUGUUUUUUGGAUUUCCCGUUAAUGACGAACCUCGAUGCAGAAAGUGGCUUGAAUUUUGUUGUCGCGAAGAUUUAUAUAAACUUACGAAAAAACAAUUACUUCAACGAAUGGUUUGUUCGAAGCAUUUCGAACAAAAAGAUUUUGUAAACGAAUAUCUCGAUAGAUUAAAUUGUACCGCAGUACCUUCUAUUUAUGAUCCUACACAAAGUUUAUAUAACAUAACCUGUGUAUUAUGCGGUUGUUCUCGUCGAGAUCCUCCAGCUUCGGAUUAUAAUGGUAUAACUUUCCAUCAUUUUCCUGGCGAAGAAUUUCGAUGUCUAAAAUGGCUCGACUUUGUUGGUGUAGAUUCAUAUUACAGAUUGACAAGAAAAGAAAUUUUAUUUUGUUAUAUUUGUUCAAAACAUUUUGACCGUACCCAAUUUAUGCCUGGAUAUAAAAGCAGACUGGUAGACAAUGCUGUUCCUAAUAUUCGUGAUCCCGAUGAAUUGGAUGAAUCUGAGCAAUAUGUUAUGGAAUUUGUGUCCGAAACAAAAUUAUAUAACUCACCAGAGAAACACAAGAAAUUAGACCCUUUACCAGCUGCGGUGUUGGAAAGUCAAGCUUGCGCUGCUUGUGGUAGAUCAAGAUCUGAUCCAAGAAACAAAAUAGAGAGAUACAAAUUCCAUCCAUUUCCUGCAUAUGAAAUUGGAAGAUGUUUGAGAUGGUGUCAGUUUUUAGGUAGAGAGGAUUUAUUGAAAAUGUCUCCGAAUCAAAUAAGAAAAUUAGUACUGUGUUCAAAACAUUUUCAAACAGGACAAAACUUUCAUAAAAUAGGACCAUGUGAUGCAGUUCCAACUAUAAAGGAUAUAUCACAGUUGAAUUCCUCUAAUUCAACAGAGCAGAUGGAAGAGGAACAAGAUGCAUCUGAGGAAUCUAACUGUACUAAUUCUAAUAAAGGGAUUAAGAAACAAGGUUUCUCGAGACCCCUAGUAUCUAGUAAAAAACCAAAGGUAGAUAAUAAGCCUACUCCUCUUGCAAAAAAGCGUGGGAAAUCUAAAAGGCCAACGCUUAUUAACAUUCCAAGGCCAGAUCCUAAUAAUAUUGAAAAUCGUGUGAUAAGAAAAUUACCACUUCCUCCUACUUCGAAUUGGAAAAUCCAAUUUACAGAUCAGCUCCAACCCAUAACAAUAGCAAAUAAUAUUACAUCAAAUAUUACAAAUAAUAUUCAAGGUAACAUAAAGAAAGUGAUCUUACCAUUUACUGGUGACAUAUCAAACUUAGGUGCUCCUAUUCCAGUACAUAGUUUAUCUAGCAUUCCUCCAGGUUUAUUAAUUAAGAUAGAUCUUCCUGAUCAAGAACAACAAAAGACAGGGAAAGUUAACAAGAAGCAAACUAGAACUAAAAUUACACAUACUUCUACUAAUUCUAAUGAAGUUGAGUCAAAGCAACAAAUAUGGAUGAAAAAUAGUCCAACAUCUGUUACGUUACCAGUAAUAAAACAGAUCAAACAAGAUACAGAUAAAAAUUUUGUUGAGUUUCUGCCAAUGUCUCCAGAAGAGACAGAGAAUAAAAUGAUUUCUGAAGAAUUAGAAGUACACGAAGAAGUCAUUUUACCACAUACAUUAGAAGUGUUGGAUGAAGAAGAAGAGGAAGAAGCGGAGGUAGAAGAAGAAGAGGAGGAAGAAAAUGUAAAAGAAACUCAAUUUUAUGGUGAAUUUGAAGAAGUAGAAUGUUUGUCCCCAAAGGAAGAAAAACCUGUACUACGUAAAAAAGUUUCAGGGACAAUGCGUAGAACAAUUUUUCCAAUUAGAAGUGAAGUUAAAUAUUUUUUACGUAAACUUGCACCUCAUAUGCAUAGACUUCCUAGAAAAGCUAGAGCACAGAUAAAACUUUCAAUCGUUAAUAUGGUCAUUGAUCAUUUGUAAAUGUACUGAGAUGCAAAUAAACAAUAAAUUUUUAAGAGUA